AAGACUCCGGGUACCAGUGAGCUUACUCCGGUUACCGGAACCGGUCCGGUGCUUGGUGGAAUCGAUCUUACGUGGUGGCAUAAGUUCACGUGCAGUGAAACGUUCGUUCCUCUCAUGAUAACAAAAGAGCUGAAUCUUGCCGCCUCAGCACGGCCCUCUACCCCGCACGGAAUUUUUUUCAGAAAAAUGUAAAACUGAGUAAAAAAGAAUGACAACAGAAACGGCUUAUAUAUUUUCAUAAGUAACGAAUAUUUUUUAAACGAAAUGGAGGAGCAAAAAUCGUCAGGACAGAUGAAAAACCUGUGCUGGGUUUUCAGCAGCUUUCGCGAUUCGGCACUCGAAAAGCUUUACCAGAGUUUCAGCGUGAGGCAGAAGCGCGCUGGGUUGGAAUGUUUCCUGAUAACGGCAAUUCUCUUCGAUAUUUACAUGUUGGUGGUUCCCAGCGACCAGGAUUUUGUCAUAAUCGCAGUGAUGGGCACAUUUCUCAUUGUCAAUUCUUUUCUGCUAAUCUGGUGUAAGAAGGGGUUCCAAAACAAGCCGCUGUGGACUGUGGUACCGCACAUUGCUUUCCACAUUGCCAACACUCAGAUACUCGCCGGGCUGUUCUUGAAGAAGAACGAAGUGACACCCAGAGAUAGUCUAGGCUGGUUUUUGCUCCUAACUUACUUAAUUUAUGUCACACUACCGCUAAGACUGCCUUUUUGCGUUCUGCUCAGCAUUGGAACGUUCACUUCGUACAUCGUUUCGCUGUGCGGAUUGACCAAAUCACAACUUCAUUUCGUGGAGCAGCAAGUCUCCAACUGCAUCUUGUUGGUUACUGCAAAUAUCUUGGGGCUGACAUCUUAUCUUGUCGAAGAUAAACAGCAGCGACGGGCCUUCUUAGAAACUAGACAAUCAUUGGAAAUGAAACUUGUUAUAGAGGAGCAAAGUGCCGAACAGGAACGUUUACUUCUAUCCGUUCUCCCGGAACAUGUGGCGGUACAAAUGAGACAGGAUUUGGACCAAGCCGACAGCCAAUUUAAGAAAAUUUACAUGAGCAGGCACGAAAACGUAAGUAUUUUGUAUGCCGACAUCGUGGGAUUUACAGCGAUCUCAUCAACAUAUUCAGCUCAAGAGCUUGUAAAAAUGCUGAAUGAAUUAUUUGCAAGAUUCGACAAACUUGCCGAGAAAUACCAACAGCUGAGAAUAAAGAUUUUAGGAGACUGCUAUUAUUGCAUUAGUGGUGCGCCGAGGGAGCGUCCAGAUCAUGCAGUUCUUUGUGUUCAUAUGGGACUGUCGAUGGUCAAAGCGAUAAAAUAUGUACAGCAAACAGCGAAUUCUCCUGUAGAUAUGAGAGUUGGAAUUCACACGGGAGCGGUUCUAGCGGGAGUUCUGGGCCAGAGACAAUGGCAAUUCGACGUCUACUCGAAGGACGUUGAAUUAGCCAACAAAAUGGAAAGCAGCGGCAUGGCAGGACGAGUGCAUAUUUCUGCCACAACCUAUUCGUUCCUUAAUGGUGAGUUCGAAGUCGAACCUGGUUAUGGCGAGAAGCGGGAAGAAGCACUGCGAAUAGCAGGAUUAAAAACCUACUUCAUCGUCAAAGUUUUAAAACCAUUUCAACCGCCUGUUACGGAAGUUCAGAAUGGGAGUAGUAUACUUCCAGAAGAGGACAGUUGUGUAAUUGCAGAAAUUUCAGACACAAAGGAUGGAGAUGUUGACGAUGGAAACCAAAAAAGAUCGCGGGAAGACUCGCGAGACUUUAAGAUCAGAUUAAGAACAGAACUGGUUAACAGAGACGGUCAUAAAGAGUUGUCUAAGAACACGACAUGUUUGACUCUUAAUUUCGUGGACGAAAAGAAGGAAAAGUUGUAUCAACAGCAGGUCGAGACAUUUUCAAGCAUAACACUGCUAAUGUUUCUCGUAGUUCGCCUGUCCAUUGGCUUAACGGUUUUCACUGUCUUACCAAGGGACAUGUCAAUCAAUAUAUCGUACUGUACAGAAAAUGUAAUAAUAAUAGUCCUCGUCUCCAUCCUCAUUUGCGACGAAUUUUUGCCGCUGAAAUGCUGGAACGCUUUUAAGGAUUCAGUAACAGUUCGUCGGAUCCUGUCGGCAAUUUGUGUCUUUCUUUUAGGAACGGUCAAUCUAAUAGACACAAUUUCUUGUGUUCAGUUCCAUUCGAACGAUAAUUGCACGUUCACUGACGAUAUAAAUUCGUCAUGUCUCUAUCCCUCCUAUUUCAGUUAUUUCGCCGUUCUAAUUCUGAUCGCUUCCUCUCUUCCAGCCUGCCUCUCAUAUCUCUGGAAGGCUCUGUUUCUGUUUAUCAUAGCUCUGGCUCAAUGCCUCGUGAACAUUUUCGUCUUAGAAUUAGUACUCGAGUGCGAGGAGUCGCGGAAAAACUGGAAAAGCUUAACUAAGGGUAAAUACACGCUUUCAGCGUUGUUGCUCAUUGCCACGCUCGCUUUGGCUUUCCUUGCGAGACAUAUGGAGCAGGUGGCGAGAGUUUUGUUCUUAUGGCGGUGCGAGGUCGAGGAGCAACGCGAUUUCGCCGAGGAUAUGAGAAGAAGAAAUGAAGCUCUGGUGUAUAAUAUCCUUCCGCCACAUGUAGCGGCCCAUUUUAUGGGGAACAGGAAGAGGCAACACGAUGAACUUUACUCGCAAAGUUACGCCGAGAUUGGGGUGCUUUUUGCCUCGAUGCCCAACUUUUCUGACUUCUAUUCAGAGGAGACCGUCAACAAUCAGGGCUUAGAAUGUCUGCGAUUUCUGAACGAAGUCAUUUCAGAUUUCGAUGCUCUUUUAGAGCUACCUCAGUUUCAAGACAUAAUAAAAAUUAAGACAAUCGGUUCUACGUACAUGGCAGCAAGCGGCCUAAACCCGACUCGACAAGUCAAACCCGACGACCCCAUAACAGUGCGAUGGGCGCAUCUUGCCCUCCUUGUUGAAUUCGCACUGGAGCUGAAGAAGGCCUUACAGGGCAUCAACGAACAAAGUUUUAACCAUUUUGUUUUAAAAUUAGGUAUCAACCAUGGGCCUAUCACAGCGGGAGUAAUCGGAGCUAGAAAACCCCACUACGACAUCUGGGGCAACACGGUCAAUGUAGCUUCCAGGAUGGAAAGUACCGGAAAAGCUGGAUGUAUUCAGGUGACUGAAGAGACGUGCGAAAUCCUGCAGCACUUCGGCUACCAGUUCGAGCAGCGCGGCCUAGUGGCAGUGAAGGGAAAAGGCCAACUGAUGACCUACUACUUGCUCGGGAAAGCCGGGAAAAUCACCCCUCCUACGGCUCCGGUCUCUCCAAUCAUAGGUGUCACCGCAAUGGAAACUGUAAACGAAGAGGACGAAUCGCACGAUAGUCCUACGUCCAAAUCCGAGGAUAAAACAGUAAUCGAAUGCACCGACCAGAAAAUCGAAGACGAAGUUUUCACAACGGACACCGAGCAGAAUUUUAGUACCAAAGAAGCGGAACCGCUGCUGCAGUGUUAAUGAGAUAGUGGAUAGACAAAGCACUGAUUAUUUGUAGGCUGUCAUUUUUAAAUCAUUUUUGUACUUCGAGAAAUCAUUCGAAGUGGUGUUUAGAAAUCGAUAGAUUAAGACUACAUGUCUAAGUAUACACAAUCAGAUUUUAAAGUACUCGUAGGUAAUAACGAAUAAAAUAUUUAAGCAGAGUACCGUCAUAGACGUAGAAAUUUUUUGUAAAAGUUAUUUUCUGCUAGCGUCGGUUGUAAUUUUUCUUUUCUAGAACAAACGCACAUAUCUAUUAGACCAUUGUGUUAUUGUAGUCGUAGCUACAAUUCUUUUUCAAAAGGGCGGGAUUAUGAAGCACAAAACUAUAGAAAUUAUAAAAAAUCGCGCCCUUUUCGAGUGGUGUUAUAACUACAGACUCAUUUUAAAAGCAAAUGCCUAAGUUGUACUUCGAAAUUGUUUUGUAAUUAAGUACAAAUUAAUUAACUUCCAAAGGGUAAUUUCUGUGAAAUGUGAAAAUCUUAAACCUUAGAAUUACAAAGCGAGCUCAAAAUAUUCUUCUACUAGGUAUAUUGUAUGAAUUUCAAGAACGGGAUCAAGUAGGAGCUUGACGAUAAUUUUUAAAAGAAGCAAUUGCUUUCAGUUGUAAAUAAUCAUUUUUGUUUACAUUGUUAUUUUAUUUUAGAUAUUACUAUUUCAAAUGUUAGGAAAAUGUGUAACAAUGUUUAGUAAUUACCAGAAAUAAACUUUACACUAGGCA